GUUCUUCAAUCCCACACCUCUUGUGUCACUUUCUUCCUCUCUCUUCUCAAACUCUGAACUAUUUUGCAUCUCUUGACACAGUUUCCACUCUAUAAAUCUCAUUAUAUUAUUAUAUUCUAUAAGCUUGCUUCAAUAAAUCAAACGUAAGAAGCAGCUGGUGAUUAGCAUGGAGAGGAAACAUGAUGUAUGGAGUUCUUUGAGAGACGGAGAUUUUCAAGAAGAUGAUGUGUGGGAUGUUCUUGAUGGAUAUCAUUCAUCGUUCAUGAUUAGUAACCAUGCCAGUAAAACUUCUUUCUCAAACCAAACUUUACUUCAAAGCGAACCUAGAAUGAUUCCUGAGAGGCAGAGCAUAGAAGGAAUGGCACCUAUGAGACAACACUCGGCUCCUGUCAAUGUCCCUGAUUGGUCAAUGGUUCACAAAAAGAAAGCUGAUGAUGAUGAUGAUGAUGAGAAUGUGUCACCGGAAGAAUAUUUUAUGCGGCGGAGUCGAUCAUCGUCCUCGUCGGUUAUGGAAGGAGUUGGAAGGAAAUUGAAAGGAAGAGAUUUGAGCAAAGUUAGGAAUGCAGUAUUGAAGCAAACUGGAUUUCUUGAGUAGACCAUGAUAUAUUGUAUUAUUGUAUAAAUGUUUAGAUAUGUAUGAACCGAAUAUGUCUAGAUAAUUUACAUUGUUAUUAGGAAAAAAAUCUUUUAUGAAACAAAAAAUUGUUAGGUGAUUCAUU